AUGGGCAGCAGUCGCUGCUUCAUCGUCUCUAAACCACAUUAUAAGGCAUCAGGCCAAAGAAAGAAAGUCAUCAAUCCACACUUCAAACAUCACAUCAGACAUCAUAUCAAACAUCACAUCAAACUACACCUCAGGCUUCACAUCAAACCACGUCCAUCAUACCAAACAACACAUCAAACAUCACAUCAAACUUCACAUUAUACAUCACAUCAAACUUCACAUUAUACAUCAUACCAAACAUCACAUGAAGCCACACGACAAAGUCAUCAAACCAGACAUCGCAAUAAACACCACAUCAAGCUAAACCUCAAACAUCACAUCAAUCCACGCAUCAAAUAUCACAUUAACCAACAUCUCCAAUAUCACAUCAAACACCACAUCGAACAUCAUAUCAAACCUCGCAUCAAACAUCAUAUCAGCCCAUUAUUCAAAUAUCAUAUCACGCACCACAUCAAAAAUCAGGUCAAAACACACAUCAAACUUCAUAUGAAAAAUCAUAUCAAACUACGCAUUAAACGUCAUAUGAGACCACACAACUGA